GAGAGCGGACGAGCAACGGACCCAACCGAGUGCUCUAUCCCCCCACACCCCACACCGCAACCCCCAGCCUACAGCCAACACGCGCCACACCACACCACACCACAUACACACCGUGGACUGUGGAAUGCCAAUGCAUCUUUCUAUUGGCUGAAUUGGAAGAAGAAUCGAAACCACGCAGCAGAUGGAGAUGGACUUUGAGAAGAUACUGGGCAAGUGCGGCGACUGUCAUCGCUACCAGUACAUGCUGAUGGCGCUCUACGGCUUCCUAAUGUUCGUCGUCUCCAGGCACUACUUCGCCCAGAAUGUGAUCGGCUUUGUGCCCGACCAUUGGUGCUACCACGAGCAGCUGGCGAAUCGCAGCUUUGAGCAGAUCGCCGCCAUCUAUUCGCAGUUCGAGAAUCCCUCCUGCACGCGUCUGGCAUCGAUCGAUCCGGAUGGAGGCAAUGCCACAGCGAGCAGCGAGGCCUGUAAUCGUUGGAUCUACAACUACGACUUUGGGUUCAGGAGCAUGAAUGCUGAACUCAAUUGGGUCUGUGAUGCCGCCUAUAAGGCGCGUGUGGGCCAGUCGCUGUUCUUUGUGGGCUCCAUGUGCGGAACUCUGAUCUUUGGGCUGCUUGGCGACACCAUGGGACGCAUCAAGGCGAUGAUUUUGGCCAACUGGUGUGGAAUUCUGGGCGACACCGCUACGAUAUUCGCGCAGAGCUUGGCGACAUUCUCAGUGAGUCGGUUCGUGUCUGGAUUGGCGGCCGAAGCUAACGGAUACCUGAUGUAUAUUCUGGUGCUCGAGUACGUGUCGCCCGCGAUGCGCAAUGUUGGCCUCAACAUAAUUAUGACCCUCUUCUACUCUCUGGGCAUGAUAAGCGCCUCUUGGCAGGCCGUCUGGGUGGGCGAGUGGCGUACGUUUAUGGCCUGGUCCGCCCUGCCUCCGCUACUGGUCACAUUCUUCUAUUUCCUGGUGCAGGAGAGCGCCCAGUGGCUGGUCACCCGGCACGACAUCGACGGCGCUGUGCGACGGCUGAAGCGGGUGGCCAACUUCAAUCGGCGCGAGGUUAGCGAGGAGGACUUUGAGCAGUUUCGCAUCCACUGCAAGGGCCAGGAGUCGGCCAGCAGUCGGCACUCCAUGCAGACGCAGUCCAAGCUAAUGGACGCCCUGAAGACGCCACGACUGCGCAACAGAAUGAUAUACGUUUUGGUUGUCUUCACCAUUAUCACACUCUGCUACAACACCAUGUCCCGCAACGUGGAGGGUCUGGGCAUUUCGCCCUUCAUCAUGUUCACUCUGUUCGCACUGACGCUGCCGCCUUCGGGCCUGUUUCAGGCCCAGGCCCAAAAGAGUGUCGGCCGCAAGUUCACGGCGGUGAGCAGCAUGGUGGCCACUGGUCUAAUGACGGCCGCUUGCGGCAUACUGCUGACCUUCUGGCAGCAGCCCAGCGCCCUCUUGCUGGUGGCCCUCAUUCUGGCCUCGCGGUUCGGAAUCUCCGUCUGUACGGGCUCUACCAUGCAGAUAUCCGCCGAGCUUGUGCCCACCUGUGUGCGCUCUGGUAUGCUGGCGGUGGCCCAUGUGUCCGGCGCGGCGUUCUCCUUCCUCUCGCCAUUCAUUCUGCAUCUGGACGCCUAUUUUCGGGCUGCCUCCUCGAUUAUCAUCUGUCUGCUGCUGUGUGUCAGCGCCUGGAUGUGCCUGCUCAUGCCAGAGACGCGCAACAAGAAGCUGCCCAUGUCCCUGGCCGAGGGCGAGCAGUUUGGCAAGGGGGAGCGCAUGUUUGACUUCCUGCGUCGCCCCAAAAGGAACGGCGAUGAUGUCGAUCUCAGUGCCGAGACCAAUCAGAAACUAAUGCCCGAAUAAACCCACUCUGUGUGUGUGCGAU